AUUUGGCUGGAGGAGCUGGAAGACUUGGCUUAUGAUGCGGAUGAUAUCUUGGAUGAGUUUGCUACUGAAGUUUGGCGACGUGAGUUGAACCCAGAACCCCACAAAAGUAAGGUACGGAAGAUCUUCGAUGAUUGGGUUGGUUCGAAUCAAAGUUUUGCUAGGUUGAUGCAGUCCAAGAUUGCAGAGAUUGACUCAAGACUACAAAGAAUUGUGACAGAAAAGAAUGAUUUGAAUUUGAGAGGAAGCACUGGGGAAAGGAUUGGAACAGAAAGAUCAAGGGUGCCCACUACUUCUCUGGUGAACGAAGACCAUACUUAUGGCAGGGAUGAGGACAAAAAGACUAUCAUCAAGUUAUUGAUGAGUAGUGAAUUUAGUGAUGCUAAACUCACUGUGAUUCCCAUAGUUGGUAUGGGAGGUCUGGGUAAGACAACUCUUGCCCAACUAGCGUACAACGACGAUGAUGUCAACAGUUAUUUUGAUUUGAAAGCAUGGGUUUGUGUUUCUGAAGAUUUUGACAUCGUAAGGUUGACAAAAGUAAUUCUACAGUCUUUCACUUCUGAGCACUGCGAUGUUAAUGAUUUAAACUUAAUACAAGUCGAAUUGAAGGAGAAAUUAUAUGGCAAGAAGUUUCUGCUCAUUCUAGAUGAUGUUUGGAACAAAGACUACGAUGAUUGGACUAAACUACGUUGUCCUUUUGAAUUUGGGGCUCUAGGAAGCAAAAUUAUUGUCACCACUCGGGAUCAUGGUGUGUCAACAAUAACGGGAACUACUCAACCUUACGACUUGAAAGUGCUAUCAAAUGAUGCCUGUUGGAGUCUAUUUAUCCGACAUGCACGAGGGUCAACUGAUUCUGUUGUGCAUCCAGAACUUGAAGAAAUUCGUAGUGAAAUUUUAGACAAGUGCAAGGGGUCACCUUUGGCAGCAAAAGUACUUGGAGGCGCUUUACUUAGUAAACGCAAUCCUAAAGAAUUGAAAAAUGUGUUAAAUAGUAAGAUUUGGGAAAAAAAUGGUAUUAUUCCAGUUCUUGAAUUGAGCUACCAAUACCUCCCUUCACAUUUAAAGAGGUGUUUUGCGUAUUGUUCACUAUUCCCAAAAGAUUAUGAAUUUGAGGUGAAUGAGCUUGUCUUGUUAUGGAUGGCAGAAGGUUUGGUUCAAGAAACAGAAAGAAACAAGUGGAUGGAAGAUCUUGGUGUUGAAUAUUUUCAUGAUCUACUCAUGAGAUCAUUCUUUCAACAGUCAAGCAAUAAUGAAUCACUCUUUGUCAUGCAUGAUCUCAUCCAUGAUCUGGCUGAAUGGGCAGCAAGAGGCUUGUGCUACAGAAUGGAAGAUAAAUUGGGUAGUAAUAAGCAAUCUGAGAUUUCUACAAAGGUACGACAUUUCUCGUACACUCAAUAUUAUUCUAAUGGCAUCAAAAAGUUUGAAAACCUCCGCAAAGAUAUGCAUGUACGAACAUUCCUACCCCUACCAAUAAAGUCCCAAAGCUACUUAGCAUUCUAUGGAGAGGCCCAAAGCUACUUCACAAACUAUGUUCCUAAUUGUUUGUUGCCACAACUAAGAUGCUUAAGAGUAUUAUCUUUAUGCGGAUAUGUAAUCUUUGAGCUACCAAGCUCAAUCGGUAAUUUGAUACAUCUAAGAUAUCUCAGCCUUUCUAAUACUCCAAUUAGAAGUUUACCAGAAUCAACAGGUUCUCUAUACAAUUUGCAGACAUUGAUUUUGAAAGGUUGUUACAAACUCACAAAGUUACCAACCAAAAUUGGUGAUCUUGUUAAUCUUCGGUAUCUCGACAUUACAUAUGUGGAUUCAAUUAGAGAGAUGCCAGUGGGAAUUGAAAAAUUAAAGAACUUACAUACACUAUCUAAUUUUGUUGUGGGUAAAGGUAGUGGAUCCAAUAUAGGAGACUUGAUGAACUUGGAGUUUCUUCGGGGAAGAUUAUGCAUUUCAAGUUUGGAGAAUGUGCUUGAUGUUGAGGAUGCAAGAAGGGCCAAUUUAAACGGUAAGAAGAAUUUAGAUGCACUAGAGAUCAAAUGGGGGUUUGCACUUAAUGAUUUACAAGAUGCAAGCAUUGCAAAAGAUGUUCUUGACAUGCUACGACCUUGGACAACGGUGAAAGAACUUUCAAUUGAUGGCUAUAUCGGUGUGCAAUUCCCAACAUGGUUAGGAGACCAUUCAUUUUCUGAUAUUGAGGUCCUAAAGAUUGUCGAAUGUAAACAAUGCAUAUCCUUACCUGCUAUUGGACAUCUAUCCUCCCUCAAAUUCCUUGUCAUUAAGAGUAUGCCUAUGGUGCAGACCAUUGGUCCUGAGUUUUAUGGGGAAGGUCGGUUGAAAUCUUUUCAAAACUUAGAAACGCUUCGCUUGGAAGAUAUGCAAGAAUGGCAAGAUUGGAUUCCUUGUGGAGUUGAGCAUGGAGGAUUCCCUCGCUUGCGUAAGCUUUUUAUCUCUCAAUGCCCCAAAUUGCAAGGGGAAUUGCCACGCCAUCUCCCAUCAUUGGAAAAAUUUUCUAUUAGUAAUUGUGAGCAGUUGGUUGUUUCAAUUCCAAGCCUUCCAACGCUCCAUAAAUUAAAGAUUGUGGGGUGUAAGGAGGUGGUGAGCAAAAAUAUAGAAGAGUUAUGCUUGCUGGAGUCGAUUACUUUUUCUAUUCCAGGUCUUAAAAGCUUAUCAAAGGAGUUCAUGGAAGGGUUAGUAAAGGUAAAAGAUCUAAAGAUAUAUAAUUGUAAUGAGCUAACAUCUUUGUGGCAAGAUAGUCUCAUUUCCCUUGUUAGGCUGGAAAUCAAGUCGUGUCCAAGUCUCAUCAACAUCAGCUUGACGUCAACAUUAAAGACAUUGAAUAUUAAUGGUUGUGGUGCUUUAAAAUCCCUACCAAUUUCCGAUUGUACAUGCCUAGAAUAUGCAACUAUUGAGGAAUGUAGUUCUUUGAUGUUCAUUUCAAAACGCCAGCUACCUCCAACUUUGAAAAGUCUAAAGAUAAAUGAUUGCGAGAAUUUGCAAUUUUUGAUAGACGAGGGAGAGGCUUCUUCUUUAUUAUUGAAAGAGGAGAGUAUUAACAGUAAUGCAUCUCUUCUUGAGCACUUGGUUAUUAGACGUCGUCCAUCUCUAAAAUGUGUACUAUUAAGAGGUGACCUAUUUGUGAAGCUUAAAGUCCUUGAGAUUCGGAAUUGCUCAGAGCUGACAUCAUUAUCAUCAAGUAACCAGUUACCUAUUGCCCUUAAAAAACUUGAAGUACAGGAUUGCCCAAAGUUAGAGUCACUGGCGGACAACUUACACGAUAACGCGUCUCUUGAACGUCUUGGAAUCAGUAAUUGUAAAGAGAUUAAAUUCUUACCGGAGGGCCUACACAAACUCUGCCACUUGAAUGACAUAAGCAUAUACAACUGUUGUAGUCUUGUUUCAUUUCCGGAUGGAGGGUUUCUCCCCACUCACCUUACAAAUCUUUCGAUCCAGUUCUGUGAGAAACUAGAGGCCUUGCCCCGCAUGCAUAUGGUCACUACUCUUGAUAUAUAUAAAUGUCCAAGCAUGGUAUCCUUACCAGAAGAGGGCUUGCCAACAAACCUAAAGGAACUUUCGUUGGGAGGGAUGACUAACUGUAAGCAAGUAUUUGAAUGGGGAUUACACAGACUCUCGUCUCUUACACAUCUCACCAUUUAUGGUGAUGAAUUUGAGGAUUGGCAGUCGUUUCCUAAGGAGGAAGAUGGGAAGAUGAUGCUACUGCUACCUACCUCUCUAACCUUCCUGUCGAUUCAAGGUUUUCCAGAUAUAGUGUUCCUAUCCUCCAAGGUAUUUCAAAACCUCUCUUCACUUGAAGAACUGUGGAUCUGGGAUUGCCCUAAACUCGCAUCCCUUCCAGAGAACAGCCUGCCUCCCUCACUUCUGCAACUACGAAUUAUUGAAUGUCCAGUGCUGAAACAAAACUGCAAGAAAGGAAAAGGGCAAGAGUGGUUGAAGAAUAUCAUCAACAUCCCUUGCGUUCAGAUUGAUUUCUGGCCCAUCUACGAGCUGCAGGAGGAGGAGCAGCAAUAAUUGUGUAAAACAGAGAGAGCAAAACGUACAGAAAUAUACAUAUUUACUCCCUCAAGUGUUGCAGCGGAGGCUAUCUUCUCAACUCCAAAAAAUUCUUCUCAAAUUCCAAAAAUUUGGAGGUUAUAUAUCGUGCUGUGGAACAUGUUUAUCUGUGGGUAUGUAUGGAAUGGAGGGAUGGCUUUUUAAUACUAUGCUUGAGUGGCUGAGUCAAAUGUUAUUUUAACUGGAGAUCAUGCGUUGGCCUUCAAUAGAUGAUAGAAGCAUUGUCACCCAUGCGCUACAGAUGGGCAGGAGUGAGGGCAUGCUUGAAUGGAAGGCUGUCAAUGCUUCUCAAGCUCUUUACUAUUGCAAGCACAUGGUCAUGAUCUAUCAAGAAGAAGCAGUGCCUGUGAAUCAUUUUGUAAGAAGUUUUAUACCUCCUGUUUGCAAUUGGACACAAUUUGUUGAUUGUUGAGAACGGCAAGGGCUGAUUUCAGUGGAAGUUUUCUGGUGAGGUGCAAGCUUUCUGUGCAAAGAUUGAAUGGGGAACCAAAUUGCAAGAGGCUGUUUUUGUUGGAUGACUAGUCCUUAGACAAUUUGUGAGGCCUUAUCCUUUGUACUUAUGAAAGGUGUGGUGGCUGCACUUUUACUUACUAGAAGGUCUGAGGUUUGUAGCCUUUGUUGUGGAAAGCUGGGAGAUGCAAGCUAUUAAGAAAGACAUUGCUUGAUCUGCUGCGUUCGCGAUUUUGUAAGCUCCCGAUUUGCCAUCAAUUAAUCCUGGCUUAAAGAAUAUUCUGGACAGCAUUGCACAUUGUACUUGAAAACAUAGCUUUAAGAUAUACCACUAUGGCGAAUGCUAAAUUUUAUUAGCUGUGGCUUUAUUAUUGAUGGUUGGAUGCAAAGUGGGCCAGUCAUCCAGCAUUAGAUUGUCUUAUUGGAUUCUUGCAAAGAUGGUCACAUUAGCUAAAUUCUGGCAUCAGCUAUUGAAUGAAAUGAAGCAGCCUAUAUGUAAGGAUACAUCCCCCAACACAAGGUUCUAUAUUGUGCUGUGGAACAUGUUUAUCGGUGGAGUGAGAGCAUGCUUGAAGGGAAGGCUGUUAAUGCUUCUCAAGCUUUUAACUACUGCAAGCACAUGGUCAGGAUCUGUAAAGAAGCAAUGGCUAGAAAUCAUUCUUUAAGAAGUUGUAAACCUCCUGUUUGCAAUUGGAAACGGUCUGUUGAUUGUUGAGAAUGACAAGUGCUGAUUUCAGUGGAUGUAAAUACCAAAAGAGAAUGUUGUUGUUAUGGUUCAAGCUUUCUAUGCAAUGAUUGAAUGGGGAACCAAAUUUAAUAGGCUGUUAUGGUUGGAUGGCUUAGUUGAAGUCCAUAACCCUUUAUCAGACAAUUUGUGAAGCCUUGUCCUUUGUAUUUUGAAAGGCGAGGUGACUGCACAUGUACUUAACGGUGGCUUUUUGGUUUGCAGCCCUUGUUAUGUAAAGCAAAUUCCAAGCUGGGAGAUACAAGGUGUUGAGAAAGACAUUGCUUAAUGUACUGCGUUCACGAUUUUCUAAGCUCUCAGUUUGCUAAUUGUUCAGUUUUCAGUUUGGUGCACAUAGCCUGGUCCUCUUCUUAUGCAACUUUUAUGUUAAACAUCCUGCUUUAUGAUUGAUGGUAGGAUGCAAAGUGGGCCAGUAAUCCCGCAUUGGAUUGAUUUAUUGAAUUCUUGCAAAGAUUGUCACAUUAGCUAGAUUCUGGUAUCAGAUAUUGAAUGAAACGAAGCAGCCUUUUUGUAAGAAUACAUCUUCCAACAAAAGGGAAGUUUUACAUUGGUUAUGUGAUCUGAGGAGGCUAACCAGCUAUUGUAGAUAUUCUAAACCAUUGAAAACAUGGAAAUGGCGUAGCACUUCCACUCGUUUUGCAAGUCUGGCAUCUGCAAUUCCUAUAAAAAGCUCUCGGUAGCAAACACGAUGAAGCCAAAAUUCUUUCUGUCUUCUACGAAUUUUCUGUGCUUCAGUUCUGAGGAUCAUAAACUACCUAUCCAGCUUGACCUGCUUGUAAAUUGUAAUAUCUAUCCCUUUAAGCAUGUAUAUUAAUGAUAAGGCAUAUUAGGUUUACUAGACAGCUUCAGACUCUGGUAAUGAUGGAACUUAUAGUCUUUGAAAUCCUGACUCAAACUAUUCAGUGGUGAAAGCUCUUACUAGAGAGAUGUAUUAUUUUCAAUACAAAUGACCUUGGUCUGUUAAAGGUCAUUUGUUGAUCAUCAAAGAAUGCAACCAUUACUAAUCGUGCAAUAAAUUAAUUUCGACCCUACUGAGGUCUGGAUCCAAGUCCAU